AUUCCCAAAGAGCUAAUUCGGAUGUACAAUACACAUAAAGAAAGAAUUUUAAAAUACGUAUCCAUUGAGUUAAAUUACUUCAUGGUUCAAAAUAAGUUUUUUUGGAAACCAUUACAAUGUUAUCAAAUAUAUUUGAUAAAGAACAACUAGUUGCGGGACUAACUCUGAUUCUCAGACUACCGUCGUUCCUUGUCUUCGAGAUAUGGUUUCGCUCAUUUUUGCAGAAUUCUUCCUGGUUGCAACAGGGAAUGACUUUUCUUGUUGUGAUCACGGUCGUUUUAUUGAUGAUUGGCCCAUCAACGAGAAUUGGACAAGUGUAUUCGUUCUUUCUCUGCGCAUUCCCAGUUAUUUUUGCUUAUUCCUAUGCAGUCGAGUUUUCGGAAUUCAAAAAAUUUGAGAACAAAAACUUAUUCAGCAUGGAUGCGUCCAAAGAUUUCGGACGUCUUAUCCUCGGUGGGAUGUUUACCGAUUAUUUGUUUGGUGAAAAGUAUUGGACUGAAGUGUUUAUGGUGGCUUACCUAUUGCCAUUUUUCAUAUGGCAGUUUGGUCUUUCCAAUGAUGUCAACUAUUUUUUUCACUGCAUGGCAAAUGAAACGAUAUUUUAUUUUCUUACAAUCAAACUUACACAUUUAAUUGCCAUGUAUCUGCUAAAGGAAUGGUAUAAUAUAAUUGACAACUUCGGAUUUGGUGUAUUUUUAAAUAUCAUCGCAUCUCAUACACGUUUAUCAAAACAAUUCCUCAUUUAUUGGUGUAUGUUAUUUUUAUACCAUUUAUUUUGCAAUGUGGCAAAACCAGUGAAGGAAAUGGAUUGGUAUACACUUUUCUUCGUGAGUGUCGGCGAAUGCUGCACUACCCCUCUCGGGGUGAUCGCAAUGUGUACAUCACUUCUGUGUGGAUUCCAGUAUUUCAUUACGCUUCCUCUUAUUUUCUUACAUGGCUUGGAUACCUAUGGUAAGCUUAGUUAUAAAGUGACCUGGACUCAUGGCUUUUUCAUACUUGCAAUGUAUAUAAGGUCUGGAUAUUUGCCAUCAGCCGAAAAUUUGGAAAGUCCAUUCCAAGGAGCAUUCAGAAUAAAAAUUGUACUACUUUCCAUGGUUUUAUAUUUUCUGUACAUAACAUAUUGUAACACACAUGCAGUUAUCAUAUCAUUUAGUAGAGCUGCUACCACAAAGCCAAUUAAACAUAUCCAGGGACUUCUGACAUACUUUUUCAUUAUAAUACUUUGCAUUCUCUCAAUGACCCUGAUUUAUAAAAUAAGUGAUAUAUCUGAAACUUUCAAUAUUUUAUCACUCUGUGUGUCAACCUGUGUUCAAGCAGCGUCCUCUAUUAUCGUUUAUAUUAUUUAUGUAUAUGAUCGCAUGUAUUCCAGACCAUGGGAAAGUAUGGAUGAUGUUAUUUUUUACAUUUGGUCGACGAUACAAUUUAUAAACACUGUUCUGUCAUGUGUUCUUAUUUGUAUCGGUGACUUCUUUCUUUUUCAAAACUUUUUCAUCUGGUUUAGUCCUCUUGCGUUAGCUGGCUGUUUACCCUAUUGGGGGAGACUUAAAAAGUUGUGGGAAAAUUUAAAAGUAAGAAGAAAAGUCAUGAAAAUGAUAGAUUUAUUACCAGUUACAGUUGAGGAACAAAUGCAAAACUUUGAUGGUGUGUGUUCGAUCUGUCAGUAUUCGAUUUCGACGGCUAAAAUAACACCAUGUGGUCACUUCUUUCACCGAAUGUGUCUUCAAAAGUGGAUGUACACUAAUGAACUUUGCCCAGUAUGUCGACAAAGCGUAAGUUCUGAUUCAUCUUCCGAAUCCGAUUUGAACAACGAGUCAGUCGUUCACUCUGAAUCUGACUUGAACACUGAAGUUGAAGAAUUCAACGAAUCCAACACCCAUUCAGAUUCCGACUCUGAAGGGGAUUCCUCCAUCAAUUCUGAACAGAAUUCACUCUACGAAUUCGAAACCACAUCUGACUGUGAUUCAGUUGACGAAAUGGAGAAUCAAUCCUAAUGUGAAAAUCAUGGACAUGACAUCUAUUUUUUUUAAUAGAACAAAUUUUUAAGUGACAAAUGCGAAAAAUGUAUUUAUGUUCUCUUUAUUUUAAGCUUUUCAUAGAGUUGAAUAAGAAAAAUUUUAUACGUUGUGCAUUUUACAUGUAUGUUU